AUGACGAAGGACAGUUAUGAGAUGAACAACCGUCUGUCUCGAGGCGGGUCGCUGUUCGGUGGGGAUCCUCAGGUGCAAUUGCGAACCGCGCUCCGUUCCAACGACUACGGAACAUUCAAGAAGCUAGUCAGUUACGGUGCCGUCGACCUUGAAUACGUGUACCCGUACCCAGACUACAAGACCUGCCUAGAAAUAGCAGUUUCAGAACCAAAUAAAAUCGAAUUCAUCAAACUUCUUCUCCAGCAUGAAGUCCAAGUUAAUAAAAUCAACGAAACACAUGGCGGAGCGCCGAUACAUUUCGCUGUUGAGAACGGUAACGCCGAGGCUUUAGCAGUACUCCUAGAAGAUGAUAGAAUAGAUUUGGACACGAGGUGGAAAGGCAACACCGCGCUACUGAUGGCCAUCAAACAGAUACAAGAUUUAGACGAAGAUCGGGAACACGAUCUAGAUAUAUACGAGGAUAUGGUGGAGAAGCUUCUUAAAGCUGGAUGCAACGCUAAUUCCCCAGAUCUGAGAGGUAUAACACCUGUAUAUUCAGCAGCCAAGCAAGGUCUAGAGAGGGUCGUCACUCUGAUCUUAGACUAUUCAAAAGAUCCAAUCGAUUUAGACACGUAUAAAGAUAUAAAGGGUAAGACAGCAAGGUACUAUUUGAAAGAGGCAUUUCCACAUUUACUGCCAAAAUUUGAUUCCGCUAUAGAGAACAUUGAGCCCAGUAUUGACAAAGAUUUACUGUUUUCAUAUUUACUAAGACAUGAAGAAGAUAAUUUUAUAAGAGACUUCACUAAAUUGAGUAGGAAGAACGAACAUCGACCCAUGCUUGCGGCUGACAACGGCAUGAAUACGAUGUUGCAAUUGGCAGUUGAUAAAGGAUUGGAAAAGGUCGUGCAAACGUUACUCAAUGCGGGUGCAGAUGUGAACGCAACUUGUUCAGGAAACAAUAGACGACCCAUCGCUAUAGCGUGCCACAAUGGAUAUCAUAAGAUCCUUAAAAUGUUUAUAGACAGCGAAUCAAGUCUAUUCGACCCGGUUAACAGCGAAUCUCUGGUGCAAAUCACUGUUAAAGGAAUGCGUAAAGCUGUUGAGAGUCCAAAAAUCAAUUUCAAAGCUUGUCUGAAUUUAUUAUUAAAACAUCCCAAAGUUAACGUCGACAUCAACCACCAAGACAUGAAGGACAAUACAGCGCUACACUAUGCUGCAAGGAAUGGAGACAGCGAAACUGUAUUAGAUUUACUGAGAAACGGAGCGUGUGUUGGUCUCAAUAACGCGUUUGAUGAACCCCCGUUAGCCGAUAUUAAUGCAAAAACAUUAGAAACCUACUUAGACGAAUGCAUUACAACGAACAGCGAACGACCGAGUGACGAGAAUUACGAAAUACAUAUGAAAUACAGCUUUCUGGUGUAUCCGAAUAAUUCAUUAGAAAAUGAAUUGUGCCAGAUGCCUCUGAUGGAAAAUUCGAACAAUAAUAAUAACAGCAUCAGAAAGUGUGACGCCAUACUAGCUCCAGAAACGGAAGCGCUCUUAUAUAUGACAAGAAAUGAGGAAUUGCGACCGCUCCUAAAACAUCCAGUCAUAACAAGUUUCCUUUACUUAAAAUGGCAACGGAUAAGUUGCCUGUUCUAUGCAAACAUAACCUUUUACUCUCUUCUGUGGCUGUGUUUGAUUCUAUAUAUCAUAUUAGGCUAUGGAGUGGAAGGUCAGAAAAAUAAAUCUGUUGAAGCCCUGAAUGUUUUGACGCACGUAGGAGCAGUAAUUGGAUUGAUACUUUUGAUUAUGCGCGAACUGUUCCAACUACUCGUAUCACCGACGCGAUAUUUGCAGAGUAUAGAAAAUUGGAUGGAGAUAGCUCUGAUAUUUGUCACAGCCUGGAUUCUUGGUUAUGACGCUGCAGAGGAAUCCACUAAACAACAAUUAUCAGCUGUCGCCAUAUUACUAUCAUCAGCUGAACUUGUUCUGCUAAUCGGUCAAUUCCCAACACUAUCAACAAAUAUUGUAAUGCUGCGAACUGUCUCUUGGAAUUUCUUUAAGUUCCUUCUCUGGUAUUGCAUUCUAAUAAUUGCAUUCGCUCUUAGUUUCUAUACGCUGUUCAGAAAAGUUAUUUCCGAACAAGAUCAAAAGGCGCCGAAUCUUAACGAGGCAGCUUCAGAGGAUGAGGAUGAAGAUUUCUUUGAAGACCCUGGCAGUUCCUUGUUUAAGACGAUCGUCAUGUUGACUGGUGAAUUCGACGCUGGCUCUAUAAAGUUCAGUACCUUCCCAGUGACGAGUCACCUUAUAUUCACAGUUUUCGUGUUCAUGGUGCCCAUAGUAUUGUUUAAUUUAUUAAACGGUUUAGCUGUCAGUGACACUCAAGAGAUAAGAGCGGAUGCUGAGUUAGUGGGUCACAUAUCACGUGUUAAACUCAUUUCUUACUUUGAAAGCGUUCUCAUUGGUAAAGCCUACACAAAGCCAAGAAAAUGCUGGUCGUGGCUGCCGUCAUACUUACAGAAUUUACAUUUCGUCAAACCCCAAAUGUUGUGCAUCAAGCCGUUCGCCAGGCGGAUAUGUCUGUUUCCACACUUUCUGCCAAAGUUUCGUAUAAUAGUGAUGCCGAAUCAGAACAAUCGAAUUGAAAUACCGAAACCUGAACCGCUCAUGAAGGCUGGCGAUGAUUACGAGGAUAUAGAGGGUGGGCAGUGUUGUUUUGAACGAUGUCAAUCCUUGAGAUUGGAACGAAGAAUAGUUAAAAACGCUAAAUUUAUUAUAAGCAGAAGAACACACAUUUCAGAAUUCGACGAAAUUAAAUCAAGACUUUCUACGUACGAAAAUAAAAUUAAUGGUUUGGAAGUUGCAUUGAAGAAGAUUCUAACACGAAUGGACAUACCUUAA